GUGUCAUUUAUCGUAUUAGAAUAAAAUUGUAGCAGAGAACAAUUCGCUCGAUGAUCACACAGAAAAAUAAAUCUUCGCUAUGAUAGCAUACGUUUAUCAAGUUUUUACGAUUUUUUUCUCAAUUUCGCUGGUUUUUGCAGCUGAUUUAAAAACUAAAUCGAUUAACAAUCAACGAUUUGACUAUCCAUCAGUAAGAAGGGAUCAGUCCGUGGUGGACGACUACUAUGGAAUAAAGGUAGCUGACCCGUACAGAUAUCUGGAGGAUCCUACAUCUGAAGAAGUAAAAACGUUCAUCGAAGACCAAAACGAACUGACCGUGGACUACCUUGAUGGAAUUUCCAUUUGGACUCAAAUCGAAGAGAAAAUUACCGAAACCUACAAUUACACCAGAUAUGACGUCCCCGUACGAUACGGAGACCGAUAUUAUUUCACAAUGAAUAAUGGUCUGCAGAACCAAGACGUCUACUACGUACAAGAUUCGCUGAACGACGAGCCACGCAUCUUUUUCGAUCCCAAUACUUUGUCUUAUGAUGGAACUAUACAGCUGAGCGACACAACCUUUUCCGAAGAUGGUGAAUUGGUAGCACUAGGUGUAAGUAGCAACGGUUCUGAUUGGAUAACGGUUCGCUUUCGUAAUACAUCCAGCGGAAUGGAGUAUCCCGAUGUCCUUCAUGACAUCAAGUUUUCAGCAAUUGUUUGGAGCAAAGACGGACUGGGCAUCUUUUACGCGUGUUAUCCGAAAUGGGAGACUAACUCCACGAGAUCAUCACUUGGCACAGAAACGUACCAGUACGGAAACCAAAAACUUUAUUAUCAUCGCGUAGGUACGCGUCAAGAGGAGGAUGUGCUUCUGUUCGAGCUUGAUGAUGCUGAGCUGCUGAUUGGCGCUCUCUACAUUACGGAAGAUGGCAAACAUAUCGCAAUAUUCCCCAAAAAGAUUGACAAUUCUAUGGUCUAUUUCGCUUCAUUAGAUGAACUGCAACGCACUGGUAGGCUAACGACAAAACUUAAAUUUACCCCAAUUGUCGAUCGUUUGGAUAACGAAUAUUCACUCAUUACCUCCGAGGGUAGUACGAUCUAUCUAAAAACGAACAAUGGGGCUCCGAAUUAUCGAAUCAUAGCCGUUGAUCUAAACAAUCCAGAUCCCACAAAUUGGACCACAUUAGUACCCGAACAUGAAAGUAAUUCCUUGAUAUUUGCGAUCAACAUUGACAACGACAAGAUUGUGCUGGAAUAUCUGGUGAAUGUCAAUAGCCGACUGGAAGUACGUUCAUUGAUCGAUGGUAGUCUUAUUCAAGAAAUCGGCAUACCAUCUGGUUACGUAGAUUCGAUGUGGGGAACGAAAUCGCACAACGAAUUGUUCUAUCGAGUUGUGUCGUUCCUCAUUCCGGGAAUAAUCUUUCGCAUAGAUCUGACGCACACACCGUACAAACCGGAAGUGUUUAGGGAAAUCAAAAUUGCAGGCUUCGAUGCCUCUAAAUUUGUCAUGGAGCAAGUCUUCUAUCCGAGCUACGAUGGAACUCUCAUUCCGAUGUUUAUCAUGCACAAACAAAAUCUCGAACGUAAUGGCAGUGCCAGCACUCUUUUGUAUGGCUAUGGAGGAUUCAACAUCGAUAUUGUUCCCGAAUUCAGUCCAAGCCGAAUAGUUUUUUUGCAAAAUUUUAAUGGAGUGUAUGCUGUUCCCAAUAUUAGGGGAGGAGGGGAGUACGGUACCCAAUGGCACAAAGCUGGACAAUUACUCAACAAACAAACGGUUUUCAAUGAUUUCCAUGCAGCAGCCGAGUUUCUCAUAGCCGAAAACUACACGAUCGCAUCGAAAAUUGCAAUUAUUGGUUCAUCAAAUGGAGGACUACUCGUAACAGCUUGUAUAAAUCAACGCCCCGAAUUAUAUGGUGCUGCUGUGGCGCAGUUCGGAGUUCAUGAUUUGCUGCGCUUCCAAAAAUUCACAAUCGGAUACUCUUGGUGUGAGGAAUACGGUUGUUCUGAUGAUGGAAACCAAACCAUUUUCGAGAAUCUGCACCGCCUUUCUCCGUUACACAAUGUACGCAUGCCGACCGACAAGAAUGUGCAAUAUCCGUCGGUGCUUCUCACUACUGGCGAUCAUGAUGACCGUGUUGUUCCACUCCAUUCAUACAAAUUAAUUGCCGAACUGCAAUAUAAAAUCGGUAGAGAAGAGCGACAAACGAAUCCGUUGAUGAUAAAAAUUCAAAUCAGUGCUGGGCAUGGAAGUGGCACGACCGACGACGAGGCUGACAUUUACGCCUUCUUGGUUGAAUCUACCGGAUUCACCUUUCGCCCAUAGCGUUCACCCUAACGGACUUUGAGUUUUUAUGUUACUGAUUUGACUUGCCUAAAUAACCUCCAUACAAACAACACACACUCUACGGGGUUAUUACAACCUAAGUGGUCCUGCGUGAAAUAACGCUGACGCACAUCUCGAUCAUUAUUCCCCGUAGAGUGUGUGUUGUUUGUAUGGAGGUUAUUUAGACUUGCCUUGUCUGCAUAAUUUUCUCACAUCAAUAUGAAGAAUGAGGACUCACUAUAGUCAUGUUUUGACCUGUUGGAAAAUUCAAUAAAUUUGUCAA